GAUGAUCCCGCUCUUUCUAACUGGGAACCAGAUCGCGUCUCGUGGGUUCUCUCUCUACAUCCAUGGUUCUCUCUCGGUGUUCCUGAGGAAGUGUGUGUGAGCAGCUGAUCCAUCGUCUGUGUGUCUGGAUGAACCUCUGACUUUGUGCUCUUUCUUCUGAAGCCUUUAGCUCGGACUCUAGAAGCUAAGUUAGCAUGCUAGCUUAGCAUGCUAGCUGGUAACACGCUAGCAACACAGAGUGAGAGAAACAGGAAGUGGUGAUUUAGUAAACAUGAGUGUUGUGCUGCUCUCGUUGGUGAAGCAGCGACUCACUGCAGCUGCUGAAGACAUCUUUGUUCUGUUUGAAAGAACGAUAGCAGAGUACGAGGAGGAACUGUCUCGUUCAAAACAGGAGAACGAGAGACACCGGAAACUACUGGACGCUGUUUUACAGCCUCAGCUUCAGAUCCACAGAGCAGUGUAGUGGAGCCACACUUGAGAGCGUUUACGCGAACCAUCUUUGGUGUUAUGAAGUGGCCGAGCUCGUGAACUGUCUACGAGAGGGCGUGGGGAGCCUCGCUGCAGUGCAACUGUGGACCUCUGUCGCCUGUCAGCGCAACUUACAUGAUGCCGUUUAAAAAAGUUAAGGGCGGUGCCGGCCGUCAGCGAACCAAGCCGGCUGCCAGCGGCCCGCUGAUGACUGGCCGUUCUGUGAUUCUCCAGAACACACAGAUGGCCAGUCCGCCCCUGGUUACCCUGUAUUCCACCGGGUCACCGCGGCGCAGACGGACCCGGUGGAAUACAGGGUCUACCGCGUUUAGGAAUCGUAAAGCAGCACCGAAAUUGUGUACUUUUUAUGGGUACCCGGUACACAGCAUUUUCUUAUCGUUCUCAUCUGGAACCGAGUUUUGGUUCCCAACCCUAGUCUUAUGUAAUAUUCAAUGCUUUGUUUAGUCUUUUCAUUAGCUGUAAGCUGCAAUCAUCAAGGUUAAAACACUGGAAAUAAUCCCUUUGUAUGUGAUGAAUCUAUGUGAUGUAUACGUUUAAACUUUAUAAAUUGAAUUACUAUUCCAUGAUAUUCAAUUCAUUGAGAUGCACCUGUAUGAGUCCAAGUACAGGUUUAGCGAGGUAUUGAGUGAUGCUAAACGACUACUCUGAGAAACUCCAACACCAGUUCUCAGAUAACGACUCUGCAGACGGGUCACAAACUAUAAGGCUAAGGCCUCACACUCUGUCAACAACCGACGCCUUGCUAACCGGCAGUGAAACUACAUUUUAGAUCAGUUACCGUACUAACUCACCUCAUCUGGAAAAAAUAUGUAAUUGACAGACUAUUGAGCCAACAGAAAUACACAGUGGGCGUAAACUUCGUGGUUAGAUUUUAAAUUCUAAUACUCUACAGUUUCUCUGAAUAUGUGUUUCCUGUUUCCUGCAGACUUCCAGCAGCUGGUGGUGGUUAAAGAAGAGGUUCCCCCUGAGCAGCAGGAGUGGAGCUCCAGUCUGGACCAGGAGGACCCAGAGCCCCCCCCACACAUUAAAGAGGAACAGGAGGAACUCUGUAUCAGUCAGGAGGGAGAGCAGCUUCAAGGGCUGGAGGAGGCUGAUAUCAUCAAGUUCACAUUCACUCCUGUCCCUGUGAAGAGUGAAGAUGAUGAAGAGAAACCUCAGUCCUCUCAGCUUCAUCAAAUACAAACUGAACACCUGGAAACAGAAGCUGAUGGAGAGGACUGUGGAGGACCAGAACCAGCAAGGAGCUCUGAUCCAGAGAGACAUUUACAACCAGAGACUGAGGACAACCCUGGAGACUCUUCUGAACCUGACACUGGAGACUCUUCUGAACCUGACACUGAAGACAGUGCUGAUUGGAAGAAGACCAGAGAAUCAGGUUCAAAGUCUCAGAGAAAUAAACAAGACCAUGUCAGUGAUUCAAGACGUAGGACUGGAAAGAAACACUUUAGAUGCUCUCAGUGUGCGAAAAUAUUUGGCCGCAAGUCAAGUCUGAAUAGACAUAUCAUAAUUCAUACCGGAGAGAAACCAUUUACCUGCUUAGUUUGUGAAAAAUCUUUUGCGGAGAGAGGAGAUUUAAAGACACACAUGAGAAUCCACACAGGAGACAAACCAUUCAGCUGCUCAGUCUGUAACAAAUCUUUUGCAGUGAGAGGAAGUUUAAAGGACCACAUUAGAAUCCACACAGGAGAGAAACCGUUCAGCUGCUCAGUCUGUGAGAAAUAUUUUACACAGAGAGGAGAAUUACAGAGACACAUGAGAGUCCAUACAGGAGAGAAACCAUUCAGCUGCUCAGUCUGUGAGAAAUCUUUUGCAGAGAGAAGAGAUUUACAGAGACACAUGAGAAUCCAUACAGGAGAGAAACCAUUCAGCUGCUCAGUCUGUGAGAAAUCUUUUACACAGAGAGGAGAUUUAAAAUGCCACAUGAGAAUCCACACUGGAGAGAAACCAUUUAGCUGCGGUUUUUGUGACAAAAUAUUCACUUGGAGUCGUCAGGUCAAAAGCCAUAAGUGUGUUGGUCGUCAGUCCUCACAGCUUCAUCAAACUCAAACUGAGGAGGACAGAGAGGCAGAGCCUCCAGCCAGCAGCUCAGCUGAACACAUGGAAACAGAAGCUGAUGGAGAGGACUGUGGCGGACCAGAACCAGCCAGGAAUUCAGAUCCAGAGAGACUUUUACAACCAGAGACUGAGGACAACCCUGGAGACUCUUCUGAACCUGACGUUUUUCAAGUCAAAUCUGCAUGUGCAACAAAAAAACAGGACAAUUCAUUAGUCCUUCGACAAUUCACAUGAGAAAAAUCUGUCUGGCUGAAUAAACUCUGUUUGACAAUAUUCAUAUAUGACUUUAUAUAAACUCCAUCUUUAUCAACAGAAGUUUUGAAUAUGUUUAAUGUUUUUGUCAUACUACUUUUCUGAUGUGUACUAUAACCACUGACUGAUUAAUCUGCAGUAGUUUCUCUAAUAAUCUGUUUGUUUAAUGAAAUGUUGUGACUUUAAACUUCCAUUGGGAUGUUGUUGAUAGUUCCUGUUGAGUUAUCAGUCUGUUCUGGUCUAAAAGAAAAACCAAUGACUUAUUGAUAUAGAGAAUAUUUACGAUGUUUUCAGUUUGAUUCUGUUUAUAUCAUCAAACCAAACUAAAAGAAAAAGGCCUUUGAAACAGACUCACAUUCCUGCCUAUUGUUUGUGUUUUGCAGCAGAUUGCAAUCAGCUCAUUCAGAGUUCAGAGUUUAUACCCGUCUUAAUCUACACUGUAAGACCGAACAUUACAACCUUCUGAAAGAAAAUGGGUUGUUUUAACUCAAACAUUUAAAAACGUUAAUUCACCGCUAAUUUUCUGAUGACUAUGAACGCUGGUCUGACGUCAUCACGUUUGUGCUCCGCCCCCGACGUGCCUAGACGUUCUAUCACCCAUGCCUUCACCAGAGUCCGCCAUUAACUCCUCGCCUCGGUUGAAAUCGCUCAGACUUUUAAGAAUACUUUGCCCACCGUGCUCUCACUGCCGGAAUCGUGAUCCUUCACUUUGUGUGGCAUGGUGUGUUAGUUUGAUUUGAGCUCUUGGUAGCUAGCCUACAUUUAAUAUCUGCCUCACUUGAAAAAUGAUUUAACUUACGUUUAAGACAGUAUUUUUAUAUUGUUUUAAGUUAUAUCUCAUAGUGGAACGUUUGUGUUGCAAAAGUUCUCUGGAAAAUUCGAAUCUAAAAUGGCGGCAGGCGGCGCGUUUUCUUUCUUCUUUUUUUUUUACCGCAUGUUUUAUUAAUUUAGAGGCAUAGAGGAUUUACGUUCAUUUGAUCCACUACAAUGUACCAUAACUGUGCGUUCUGCAUGUUUGUAAAAGCAAGCUAACUUGAAACACUAGACUAUUCAUUUUACAAGGUAAUUUAUACCCCCCAGCGUUUUCAAAUACAUGUAACUCAGCAAAGGUAAUGAUCGCGCAGUGAUGAUACUAAUACUUCUAGAAUCUGUGGAAUCUCAGCUUUAAUCUGAUAUCUUGUAUGUGCAGUUACGAUAAGUAUAAUAAAGUAUUUCUACCGUGA